AUGACGGGCGUUAUGCUGUUUUGUAUCGCUGACGAGGCAAAGCCUUUCGUCCAGAAAGCCACAAACCACAAAUUCAAUGUCGAAUAUCCCUUCUACGUUGCCGAGUCCAAAACUUGCCCUGAAGACGCCUCCAACUUCAAGCGGAAGCUCGAGAGCCCCGAUUUCUCAACCGAGUUCACUUCAGCGGAAGAGUGCCAGGAGUGGAUGUUACGCGAGCAAUCCAAACACAACUUCAUGGAGUUCGACAUCAUCUUUAUAGCCGAUGCGCGUAGCGCCAGUGACGACACUCUUUUAACCUGCGUAUAUUCUGAUGAGCCUUUGCUCUUGGGCCCGAAUGAAGAACAGCAGCUUCCACCCAAGGCCCAUACUUGGUAUAGCUGGCGUAUCAAGUACCAAGACGCUGAGGCGAUUGAAAAUCAUCUCCAGUAUGGAGAGCCCGGAGAUGCGUGGCCAGUGUUCUAUGAGAGAAAGGAUGAAAUUACGGACGCGAAUGGUGUGGUUGAUAUGGAAAAGGCGACGAAGAUGGUUUGGGGAGAAGAGUAG